AAAAUCAAAAUUACAGAAUGAGUUGAAUCCAAAUUAUUAUUUUAAUCGACGAAAAUAAAAUACAUCAAAUAUAAUAUCCGUUUCAUCAUAUUUUUUUUUAUUUUCUGGAUACUGUUUAUUUUGUUGCAUAAGUAAUAAUAUGCAGAUGUUUAGAAAUAUAAUUUAUUUUUGAAGAAAUAAUUCCAUUAUAUCAAUUUAAAAAACAAAUAUGAAAUAGUAAUUACACUUUCAAUAAUAUUUAUUUAUUUUUAAUCAAAAAAAAUAUCGAUUAACAAAUAUUUUAAGAUAAACAUAUGAAAAUUCAAUCAAAUUUAGUCAUUGAAUGAGAAAUGAUUAUUUUCUUCUUCAAGAAUAAAAUACAACAAACAAAAAUUUUCCCUUUUAAUAUUAUUAAAAAAUAUUAAAUAGAAAGCUAUUCGUAGAGUGUUCUUUCAAAUGCAUUUUCAUUAACCUUUUGAUGACCAUAAAAAAAAAUAAUCUAUAUAUUUUUUAAAAUUAAAUAGAAUAGCUUCAACAUAUUUUCAGGUGAAAAAAAAUAUUAAGAAUUAGUUUUUGAAAAAGUUAUUAUUCAUCAGAGUAAUUGUUCUAAAAUGAUUCAUCUCUUCUGUCAGACUAUAAAAUUAAUAAUCUUUGAGAAAUUUCUAAAUUAUUUUUUUUUAGUCUCACUAUCGAGACAAAAAUAUUUCUAAUAUAAGAUUAAAUUCAUAUAUUUGUAUUUUAUUUAUUCUUUAAAUAUAUUAAUUUUUUAAUUCCGUAUGAUUUUAUCUAAGUAAUAGAAAUCUAUUGAAGAUUGUAAAAAUAUUUUAUUUAAUAAUUUUUUUAUUCCAUAUUAACAUUCAUUGAUAUGAAAAUAAAUUUUAUUUCAGAGAAAUAAUAUGAUAUUAUUUAACAUGUUCAAUAUUUGGUUAUUAUCGCUGUUUAUUGGUCAAAUAUCAGGUAUGCAUUUUGUUAAAAUAAGAUAUCUAACUUCAUAGAACAGUCUUUCUUUUAAAAUAAAAAUAUCUAUGAGAUAAUUAUGAAUACACUGAUCGAAUGUAGAAUGUCUAUCGUUAGGUUUAUAAUGAUCUUUAUUAUUUCCUAUAGCUAUUGCAUACAAUCUCCCGAAAUUUUGUGCAAAUGCAACAUGGAAUCCUACGGCUAUAACUUUUGCUGAUAGUACUAUAGUUGGUACAUAUCCUUAUGGAGUUUUUGUCGAUACAAAUAAUACGGUUUAUAUAGCUGAUAGAGCAAACAAUCGAGUGCAAAUUUGGGCUAACAAUAGUGCAACACCGACAAGGUCUAUCUCGGGUGGUUUAAACACAUCCUUUAACCUUUUCGUCACAGAUAAUAGUGAUAUUUAUGUUGAUAAUGGUUAUGCAAAUAAUCGAGUGGAUAAAUGGGCAUUUAAUUCAACAAGUAGUGUUCCAGCAAUGUAUAAUUGUGGACCAUGUUUUAGUCUUUUUAUUGAUAUUAAUAAUAUGCUUUACUGCUCACUGUACAAUGCUAAUAAAGUUAUUGCAAAAUCAUUGAAUACAAAUUUAAAUAUUUGGAAUACUGUUGCUGGAACAGGAACUGUUGGAUCAACACCGUCUAUGCUUAAUGCACCAUGUGAUAUCUUUGUCGAUAGUAAUUUAAAUUUAUAUGUGGCUGACAAUAAUAACAAUCGAAUUCAAAAAUUUGGAUCAGGACAAUUAAAUGGAACAACAAUAUCAACAGGAACUAUCACACUUAGUCAUCCAACUGGAGUUAUUCUUGAUUUUGAUGGAUAUCUCUUUAUUGUUGAUCAAGGUAACUAUCGUCUUAUCGGUUCAGGACCUUAUGGAUAUCGAUGUAUAGCAGCAUGUUCUGGAAAUUGGGGGUCAUCAUCUACUCAAUUAAAUGCUCCAUACUCAAUACGUUUUGAUAGUUAUGGAAAUAUAUUUAUUAGCGAUUUAUUUAACAAUCGAAUUCAAAAAUUUUUCUUGGUGACAAAUGGAUGCAAUGGAACAACAACAUCAAUGACAACAAUGUCUAGUGGAAUAUCAAUGAAUAGUACUCAAUCAGUUCCGUUAUUAACAUCUACCUAUGGAACAAGUUCUACAACUAUAUCUUCUUCGACACGUCUUUCGUACAACCGACCAAAAUUUAGUGCUUAUGCUACUUGGAGUUCUAAUGGAGUAACUCUUUUCAACACUAGUACAAUUGGACAAUAUCCAUAUGGUCUAUUCGUUGAUACUAACAAUACUCUAUAUGUAUGUGAAUGGAAUCAAAAUAUGAUUCAAGUAUGGCUUGAAAAUAGUAGCAUACCUAUAAGAACUAUUAGUGGUGGCUUAUCCUAUCCCUAUACUAUGUUCGUUACAGUUAACGGUGACGUUUAUGUUGAUAAUGGUGAUUCAAAUAGUCAAGUCGAUAAAUGGGCAGUAAAUACAACGGUUGGUGUUCCAGUAAUGAUUGUCAAAGCCGCAUGUUGGGGUCUUUUUGUUGAUAUUUAUAAUAAUAUUUAUUGUUCGCAAUAUGCAUAUCAUCAAGUUGUCACAAAAUCAUUAAAUAGUCGUUCAAAUAUGUGGAUAGUUGCUGCUGGUACGGACUGUUCAGGAUCAAUAUCAAAUACACUUUAUUAUCCUCGUGGAAUUUAUGUUGAUACAGAUUUAAAUUUAUAUGUUGCUGAUUGUGGUAAUAAUAGAAUUCAAUUGUUUUUAUCAAACCAAUUAAAUAGUAUUACAGUAGCUGGUACUGGAGCACCAUCAACUAUUGAUCUUGUUGGUCCUAGUGGAGUUGUUGUUGAUGGUAAUGGUUAUCUUUUUAUUACGGAUACUGGCAAUCAGCGUAUUGUUGGUUCAGGACCAAAUGGAUUUCGUUGUUUAGUAGGAUGUUCAAGAGUUCUGGGUUCGGCAUCUAAUCAAUUAUACUAUCCGAUGACUUUAAGUUUUGAUAGUCAUGGAAAUAUGUUUAUUACCGAUGACUUUAAUUAUCGAAUUCAAAAAUUUUAUAUAACAAGUAAUAUUUAUAAAAAUAUUUCAUUUGAUGAAGAUGUUGGAACAAUGAUACCAAUGCCUUUUGAUUUAUUUUUAAUUUUAGGUACAACUAUCAAUCAACCAAGCUUCUGUCCAUCUACAACUUGGUAUACAGAUGGGAUUACAUUUGCUAACAGUAGUACGGUUGGAACAAAUUCAUAUGGUGUUUUCGUUAGUAUUAAUAAUACUGUUUAUGUCGCUAAUCAACAAACUAAUAAGGUUGUAGUAUGGUUCGAAGGAAGUAUUAAUCCAGAUAAAAUUCUUUCUGGUAGUCUGAAUACACCAUUUGAUCUUUUUGUUACUCCUGUAGGUGAUAUAUAUGUUGACAAUGGUGCAUUUAACAGUCGAGUUGAUAAAUUUUCAUUGAACUCAAGUAUAAGUACUUCUGUAAUGUCAGUUCCUUAUGCAUGUACUGGUAUUUUUGUUGACAUUAGUAAUACUCUUUAUUGUUCAGCAUUUACCUCUAAUCAAGUUGUGAAGAGAUGGCUAAAUGAUAAUGUACUUACAUCAACUAUUGUUGCUGGCAACGGUACAACUGGAUCAACAGCAACUAUGCUUAAUGCGCCUAUUGGAAUUUUUGUCGAUGCUAAAUUUAAUUUAUAUGUUGCAGAUUCUAAUAAUCAUAGAAUACAAAUGUUUCCUGUUGGACAAUUAACUGGAAUAACUGUAGCAGGAGCUAGUGCACCAGGAACUAUUACACUUUUUGAGCCAAAUGGUAUUACAUUAGAUGGUAAUGGAUAUCUUUUUAUUGCCGAUUGUUUUAAUCAUCGAAUAGUUGGAUCAGGACCAUAUGGUUUUCGAUGUUUGUUUGGAUGUACGACAAUACCUGGUUCUGCAUCAAAUCAAUUAAAUUAUCCAGGAACUUUAAGAUUUGAUAGUUAUGGAAAUCUAUUUGUUGCUGAUAGAUUUAACAGUCGCGUGCAAAAGUUUAUAUUAGCAUCAAAUUCAUGUAGUCUUUCUUAUAAUCAACCAACAUUGUGUUUUAAUGCUUCGUGGUAUUCUAAUGCAUCAACUUUUGCAUCAAGUAGUACAACUGGUUCAUUACCUUAUGGUAUUUUCAUUGAUGGAAUUAAUACUGUUUAUAUACCUAAUCGAGUUAGUAACACUAUUUUAUCAUGGGCUCAAGGAAGUAAUACAUCAACAAGCAAUAGUUAUAGUAGUUUAAGUAAUCCAUAUAGUCUUUUUAUGUCUAUGACUGGUGAUAUUUAUAUUGAUAAUGGUUAUUCAUAUGGUCGAGUCGAUAAAUAUACAUUUAAUACAUCAAAUCGUGUUACUGUUAUGAAUGUCAAUGGAAGUUGUUAUGGUUUGUUUAUUGAUAUUAAUAAUAAUAUUUAUUGUUCACUUAAAUAUCUUCAUCAAGUUGUUAAACUCUUACUUAAUAAUGGUACAACCAUCCCGAUAAUUGCAGCCGGUAAUGGUUCUGCUGGAUCACUAUCAAAUAUGCUUAAUUCUCCUCAAGGGAUCUAUGUUGAUAGUAAUUUAAACCUAUAUAUUGCAGACUGUGCUAACAAUCGUAUUCAAUUUGUUCAAACUGGCCAGUUAAAUGGAGUGGCAAUCGUUGGUAAUGGAUCAUCAACAAAUAUUAUACUUAACUAUCCAACUGGAAUUGUUCUUGAUGCUAAUGGUUAUUUAUUUAUUGUCGAUAGUUAUAAUCAUCGCAUUGUUGCUUCAAGUUAUUAUGGUUUUCGAUGUAUCGUCGGAUGCUCAGGAGGUGGCUCAACUAUGUAUCAAUUAUCUUUUCCACAAAGUAUGGCUUUUGAUAGCUACGGAAAUAUAUAUGUUACUGAUCGAAAUAAUAGUCGAGUGCAACAAUUCACUCUGCAAACUAAUAGUAACUGCAGUAAGUUAUUUUCAUAUAAUGAAAUAUUAUGA